CAUGGAGAAGGACUAAGUGUAAUGGAGAAGUAGCUGGGGGGACACGGUCGUCUUCUUGAUGGCGCAGGAGGCUUGUCCUUUCACCUAAGAAAUUGCGGUUUUGACAUUUCUAAUCACUAAGGUUCAAAGAUGGACGGUAUACAACUAGAAAUCGACUAGAUGGUCCGUAAGAACCCUGAAAUGCGAAGAAAUUCGACGUACCGCACCCUACAACCGAGGCCAGAGAGAGAGCGCACUACUGUCGUCUCUCUCCUUACCCCCUCCACCGCGCGCCGAUCGUCUUUUGUUCGCUUCGUCGCCGUCCGUCCGCUCCCGCUCCCAGCAGGCUUCAGCAGAUCUUGCCGAGCGGAUGUGAAGAGUACAAUUUGGAAAAAUACUGCAAGAAUGCGGGAAAUAUGCCGAAGAAGAGCAAGUCGAAGUGUUUCCGCCGCACAAGUUGGUGGAAACAGUCUAAGAAGAAAGAGCCACCAGAUAUUGAACAUCAAAUACAGGAGCACAAUCUAUCUCUCCCUGAACAAGAGUGUGAUCCCAAGGUGUUGGUCGAGCAAGAGACACUCUGUUUUGAUGUGGCAAAAGACGAUCUGGCAUCUCUGGAACAAAAUUGUGACGCAAGUUUUAGUUUUGAUGUGGCAGAGGUUGAGGUCACCUCGUACCUUUCCUCUCUUGCAGAUCACACCUACACCUCAUCGAGUGCCCGACAGGAUGUUGUUCUGCUGGAUGGAGAUGGCUGCAACUCGUAUCAGACGGAUGAAGAUUACGAUAGUGGAGAUGAUGAAGCAAUUGCGGCCUGUCCUUCUAGUCGCUUCGAUCACACCUACUCCAAGCCAACUGGAUAUUAUCAGUGUAUGCAGAGCGGGACCAAAACAACAAGAGGGAGUCAAGCUUACACCACCAUCCUUAAAGUAUCCAUACAGGAUUCUGUGGUUGGAGAAAGUAUUAGGAAUUAUGCCAGCACUUUACCUAAUUACUUUGAAAUGUCCUCCCCAACUGAGCUUUCGCAGGUUGGAUCUUUGGAGCGCAUUCCACCAUCAACGCCAUGUGUGUCAACCCAGAGUCUGGAUGACACUGCAUCUGUACCCUGCCAGCGUGCAGAGAUGUCAGUCUUGGCAUCAAAACUGGCAGGACUGCUACCUAAAUUAUGGUCUGCUGACUAUUCAGGAGGCAAUUUGUCAAUUAUGAAGCAGUCAGCUCAUCCCUGUAAGUCUACUCAACGUACUAUCAUUUUGACUUCUGAAUCUUCAUAUCAGCUCUACAUCCAUGGCCAUGAGAUUGCUCCAGACCAUGAGGUAUUUCAGAAGUUUACCCCUGUCGACCUACAAGUCAUGCCUGAGACUGUUGUCUUAGACAACCUCCUGAAGACAGUGAGUGCCUUGCGUCUCUUUGAGGUUUGCACUGGUGUUCCCAAACUGAAGUAUAAAAGUCUGUGGGGAAAGGUUGAUGGAUGCGCCAGAGACACAAACCCGUACCAAGAAAUUAGGUAUCAGGAGACAUGCCGGGCCAACAAUUGUUUGCGAAUCAUCCCCCAGACCAAGAAAGAGUGCUCAGUGUGUUAUGAUCUUCAAAGAAAAUUUGCUCGCAAGUUCAAGAGUCAAGCCAACAUUGCAUGCUCUCCCUCUGGAAGGGUCAAAACACCCAAGAAGAAUAAGCCAAAUAAAGAUUUGUCUACCCCAGAGAGAAAGGCAAGAAUGGAAAGGCUUUGCAAGACAAUAAAAAAUGUGAAGAGGCAAAACCAAAGAUUGAGGGAGAAGUUGUCAAAGCUUAUUGAUGAGGAAGGGGUUGAGGUUGACGAAGAAAUGGAUCAAUAUUUGGUGGACAUUGCUUCUGAUCCUGAAACAAUUGACAGAAUAGAGAAGGGAGUGCCUGGCGGUAUUGAAAAUAGAGAAGAAUCUGUUGACUUCCUGAAAAUUUUCUUCGAGCAACAACUGAAAGCAAGAAAACUUCAACAUAAAUCUGGAAUGCGAUGGCACCCUUUGCUGAUCAGAUUUGCACUCCACGUCAGAGAAACAUCAGCCUCUGCCUAUCGUGAGCUGCGUGGCUUUCUAGAGCUGCCCUCUGAGAGGACUUUAUUUGACUACUCCCAUAUUUAUAAAAUUCAAGAAGGUUGCCAUAGUGAUAUUAUUAAGGAUGUUGCUGAGCGAGUGGCUGGAUUCCGGCACUCUUAUCAACAUUAUCAUUCAAUUCUGUUAGAUGAGAUUUACAUUAAUCAAAAUCUUGUGUCGAGGAAGUCUGAUGGAUCUGUGGUCGGCUAUUGUCAUCUAGAUGAUGUUACUCAAGAGCUCCUUCAACUGCAGCACACAGUGGCUGCAGCAGCAGAAGGUGUCCCAGUAACUCCUCUCACUCCUCCCCUUGCUAAAACUAUGAUGACCUACAUGGUGAAAGGAACUAGCUCUGGUAUUAAAAAUGUAGUAGCAGCUUAUUCUUGUGCUGGUACAACCAAAGAAGAUUUAUAUCGGCACUCCUGGGAAGUCGUUGAAAAAUGUGAGUGUUCAGGCAUCAAGAUUAUUGCAAUUGUGUGUGAUGGCAGUGGUCUGAAUAGAGCGUUCAUAGAUAUGAAUCCACCCAAGACAACACAACAUGGUGUUACUUUUGACACUGUGAAUCCUUAUGACCCUAGUAGGUCUAUUUUCUUCAUUUCUGAUGUCCCCCAUCUAGUCAAAACAGUGAGAAACUGCUUCUCCAAUUCUGGAUAUAAGAAAGGGAGAAAACUUUUCAAAAAUGGAGAAUAUAUUUUAUGGUCAACAAUUGUGGAUCUGUUCAAGUUGAAAUCCACACAAACUGUGAAGAAACUUCAUAAACUUACCGCAGGGUGUGUGUACUUGAACAGAUUUUCUUGUCAGAAUACUAAGUUAGCUUUUAGAGUUUUAAGUCAAAGUGUGGCCAAUGCAUUAGAAGAAUUGCAAUGGCCAAAUACCAAAGAGACACGUAUUUUUAAGUAAGACCAAUGAAUUUUUUGACUGCCUUAAUGGUGCACAUUCGGAUCAGCAUCGGCGGGAAUUAAAUACUAAUUUAGCCCCUUACAAAUCUAUGGAAGAUGAGCGUUUUAAGAAACUUGAGGAUUACCUUACGUACUUAAGAGAAUGGAAAGAAGAAGUGGCCGCUCUCUCAGGAUACACACCAGAAGAGAAAGCUGCCAUGCUCCUCAGUCCACAGACCUUGAGAGGAAUUGAAAUGACUGUCAGGGGGUUUAAAGGAGCCCUGGAUUUCCUCUUGUCACCUGAAGUAGGUACAAAAUUUAUAAUGGCUCGAGUUUUCUGCCAAGACAACCUUGAGCAGUAUUUUAGUCAGCAGAGGGCUGCCUGUGGAGGGAGUAACAAUCCUGACAAGUUACGCUUCAUGCACAAUAUGAACAACAAGCAUAUCCAUGGACAACUGGGAAUAAAGAAGCGAAAAGGUAAUACCGAGGAUAUUGAUGGCAGGGAGCUUCCUUGUACACCUCUACGCAAGAGAAGUAAGAUAGCUCGUAAGUGUCUAGUCACAGAUUUUGGAGUUGAUGAGUAAGGGGCUAAAUUAUUAUUUGAUGUAUGUAAAUAUAAUGAAAUGAAAUGAAUAGAUAUUUUAUCAGAAAUUAUGUAUAUAUGAAGAUCUUUAUUUAUUGUUAUGCUGCUUUAAUUGUUAUUCUUGCUACAUUUUACCUUCAAUUUUAGUCAUGUAUUUGACGAUGUGAUACUACUUCUAUUUUAAUAUGUUCACCAUAUUUACCUCAUGUGCUGAGGGACUUAAUUUUGAGUUGGUAGUGGCGCUAUGAUGUAAACAGUUGCAUUUUUUCUUUACAAACUUAAAACAGAUUUAGAUGAUUUAUAAUGCGCUUUAUACCCCGUGUGCCAAAUUGUGUUCUUAGUUUUAAGUGCUCACAGGGUUAUUAUGACUGUUUUGUAAUGCUGACUUUGAUCUCAUCAUGAUCUCAAACUUCUAUAGAUAUAUUUUAUUUGGUGCUGGAAUUGUUUUAUUUUUUUAUAUCUUUUCUUAGAAUGAUUUAAGACAAAAUAUUGGUUAAUAUUUUCAUCACAUGAUUGCUCAUGAUCAAUAAUAUUACAGUGGUUUCACUUUUGUAUUUGUAACUUGGUGGUCGGGAAGCUUUUAACAUUUACUUUUGCAAUUGUAACUUGGUGGUUGGGAAGCUUUUAAACAUUGAUAGUAACAAGACUACACUUGAACUUUGUUUUAUUGAUUCUGGAUUCUAUUUCCUGCACUCUUACAAAAAGAAACAAUUGUGUAAGAUUUUAUAAUGUGCUUUAUACUUGGCAUUCCGUGUGCCAAAUUGUGUUCUUAGUUUUAAGUGCUCACAGGGUUAUUAUGACUGUUUUGUAAUGCUGACUUUGAUCUCAUCAUGAUCUCAAACUUCUAUCCAUAUUUUGAAUUUGGUGCUGGAUUUGUUUUAAUAUUUUAUCAUUUUUUGGAAUGGUUCAAGACAAAAUCAUCGCUUGAUUGCUCAUGAUAUUCCUUAAUAUUUUAGUUGUUUUACUUUUGUAUUUGUAACUUGGUGGUUGGGAAGUUUUAACAUUGAUAAUAAACAAGACUACACUUUAA